AUGCCCGACUCAAUCGAUGCUCCGCUGAUGGCCGGCCGACAGGACCGAGACGACGAGCUUGACUACCGGGACGCGGAAGAGGAGGCCGAUGUGCUACCAGCGUCCAUGAAGCAUGCACGCCAAUCGGGCCCGAGUCUUUUCGUAUGGCUUCUCACAUUUGCUGCCGGCAUCAGUGGAUUGCUCUUUGGAUAUGAUACGGGCGUAAUAUCAGCAACGCUCGUCAAGAUCGACACCUCCCUAUCGAACCGAGUCCUAACGACAUUCGACAAGUCCAUCAUCACUUCCAGCACCGCCCUCUUCGCCCUUCUCGUCUCCCCCUUUUCCUCCAUCGUCGCCGACGCGCUGGGCCGCAAGCGCGUCAUCUUCGUCGCCGACAUCCUCUUCAUCCUCGGCGCCCUGAUGCAGGCCUGGGCCGGCACCGUCACCUCCAUGGUCAUUGGGCGAUCCAUCGUCGGCCUGGCUGUCGGCGCCGCCAGCUUCGUCGUGCCCCUGUACAUCGCCGAGCUGGCGCCCGCUAGCCACCGCGGCCGGCUCGUGACGAUGAACGUCCUUUUCAUCACGCUGGGUCAGGUAGUCGCCUACAUCAUCGGCUGGGCGUUCGCCGAGUACGGUGACCAGUCGACGGGGUGGCGCUGGAUGGUCGGUCUCGGGGCGCUCCCCGCGGCGCUGCAGUGCUCGAUCCUCGCCCUCAUGCCCGAGUCCCCGCGCUGGCUCGUUAUGGUGGGCCAGUCGCUCAAGGCCAAGAAGGUCGUCGAGAGGGUGCUGGGAAAUACGGUCGGCGGCAUGAGGAACGCCGAGGCGGUCAUCAAGGAGAUUGAGAUUGAGAUCAGGGAGGAGAGGGAGGUCAUGAGGCGUGAGGGUUCGCCGCGCAUGGAGUGGUGGGGAGGCUGGCAGGAGCUGUUCUCCGUCGGGAGAAACAAGCGCGCGCUGGUCAUCACCUGCCUGCUCCAGGGCCUCCAGCAACUGUGCGGUUUCAACUCGCUCAUGUAUUUCUCGGCGACCAUUUUCAAGAUGGUGGGGUUCGGCACGCCCACCCUCACCGCCAUGAGCGUCGCCGUCACAAACUUCAUCUUCACGGUCGCGGCGCUGUGCCUCAUCGACCGCAUCGGCCGACGCAAGAUCCUGCUCUACUCCCUGCCGUUUAUGAUUGCGGGCCUGAUGCUCUCGGCAUACGGCUUCUCCUUUGUCGACCUGCGGCCCGAAACGGCGGCAGCCUCGGAGGGCGGUACCGGCGAGGGAGCGGGCACGGACAGGGGCGCGGCGGUGCUGAUCCUCGUCAGCAUCAUGGGCUACGUCGCGGCGUACGCGCUGGGUCUGGGCAACGUCCCCUGGAUGCAGAGCGAGCUGUUCCCGCUCGCGGUACGGUCGAUUGGCAGCGGCGUCUCGACGGCGACCAACUGGGGCGCCAAUUUCGUCGUCGGCCUGACGUUCCUCCCACUCAUGGACGCUCUGAGCCCAUCGUGGACAUUUGUGCUCUACGCGCUCGUGUGUCUAGUUGGGUACGGGCUCAUCUGGCGCAUCUACCCCGAGACGUCGGGGUUGAGUCUCGAGGAGGCGACGAAUCUGCUAGAGAACGGAUGGGGCGUCCGACGAUAG